AUGAGCGAGGAGGGGGCGGGCGGGGCCCGGCGGAGCGGCGGCGCCUUCCCCAGCCUGGAGCAGAUGGUGGCCGCCAGCCCCGGGAAGACGCCCAUCAGCCUCCUGCAGGAGUAUGGGACACGCUUAGGACGGACCCCCGGCUACGACCUGCUCAAGGCCGAGGGCCAGGCCCACCAGCCCAACUUCACCUUCCGCGUCACCCUCGGGGACAUCAGCUGCACCGGGCAGGGUCCCAGCAAGAAGGCGGCGAAGCACAAGGCGGCCGAGGUGGCCCUGAGGCUGCUCAGAGGGGGGGGGGCCAUGCUGGAGCCCCUGGAGCACAGCUCUCCUUUCCCCCCGGAGCCCCCGGCUGAGCCCGGUCCCGCCGCGCCCCCCCCAGCCCCCGCCGCGCCCCCCCCCUCGCCCAGGGGCCCCCCCCUGGAGAUGAAGACGCCGGUGUCCCCCCCCCAGUCCGAGUGUAACCCUGUGGGGGCUCUGCAGGAGCUGGUGGUGCAGAAGGGCUGGCGCCUGCCCGAGUACACGGUGACGCAGGAGUCGGGGCCGGCGCACCGCAAGGAGUUCACCAUGACGUGCCGCGUGGAGAGAUUCGUGGAGAUCGGCAGCGGCACCUCCAAGAAGCUGGCGAAGCGCAACGCAGCCGCCAAGAUGCUCGUGCGGAUCCACAACGUCCCCAUGGAGCCGCGGGACGGCAGCGAGGCCGAGGGCGAGGAGGACCAGUUCAACAUGACGUGCCCCCGGCUGGAGGGGCUGCGGGGCCGCGCCCCCGGCUGCACCUGGGACUCGCUGCGGAACUCGGCGGGCGAGAAGCUGGGCCAGCUGCGGAGCCGGGGGGGGCCCCCCGCGCCGGGGGGAGCCUGCGCCCUCCUGCAGGAGCUCUCGGAGGAGCAGAGCUUCGCCAUCAGCUACCUCGACAUCGAUGCCCUGAGCCUCAGCGGGCUGCACCAGUGCCUGGUGGAGCUGUCCACGCAGCCGACCACGGUGUGCCACGGGGCUGCCCCGUCCCGCGACGGCGCCCGCGCCCAGGCCGCCCGCAACGCCCUGCAGUACCUGCGCAUCAUGGCCGGGGGCAAGUGACCCCCCGCCCGGGCACCAGGAUGUGCCCCAGGACUCGCUGACCAAUGCUCGGACCUCUGGACACGGCCCCCACCCGCGGCCGCCCUGGAUGGUGGAUGGACAGACGGACCUCAGGGCCCCGGGUCUCCCUCUGGCCUGGCCCCCCCCCCCAUGCUGGGGAGUCCCCAGGUGCCAUCGGCCCCCCAGGAAUAAAUCUGGGGGGGUUUGUA